ACUCUAAUCGUUGUGCAUUAAAAGUUAUUGUUAUUAUUUACAAUAUCAAAGAAAAAUGACCUGCUAAUGCAGUGGGAUUGAGUUAUUCCAUCAUAAAUUAUCAAAGAAAACCAUUCUUAAUCAAUACAAUACAACGACAGGAAUAUACGAAUUCCAGAAUGUCGGAUUUGGGGAAAGAUGUGGCGAGCGAAGAAGGCUCCAAUGGAAGCAGGGAAACCAUUUGGUACACCAUUGGAGAGCUUGUGGAAAUGGUCGAGUGUCCAGGUUGUGGAAUAUCCAUGGUAUCGUUCAAAAAUCGCUUCGCCCACAUCAAGAAGUGCUUCAGCAUCAAGAGACGAGGUCCUUUGUACAGGAUUUAUGGAUAUGCGGAGUGCAAGUGCGGCUUUCUUAUUGCAGACACGGAAAAAGCCCGGAAACUGCAUUGUUGUUCGGGAAAACUUCGCCCCUGCAAGCCAAUCAUACCAACUGAGCCGAAAGUCCCGGUGACAAAACAUGCUGAAGAACUAACAUCAACUAAAAGGGAACAGGCUUUGCAGCCGUUGAUUAGAAAUUUUAUCAGUCCCAUCAAACAACAGGAGUUUCCAUCUUUGGAUAUAUCAUAUUCCAGUAAAUAUGAUCCUAAACCAACAUCGAGGCCACGCGUCCGUAACUUUGAUAGACCACACAGAAGUCAAGCUCCAAAGGAAGUCUGUGUGUACUCCAUAAUUCGGAGGAAUGGGGCUAUCUCAGUGACAGGAAGAUCCAUCGUUAGGUACCGGGGUGGCAACGAAAACCUUGCCAUACUUAAAAGGCGAGAAUUAAAAAUAAAAUACGUAUAACAUAGUUAUGUAUAAGUAAACUAAGCUGUAGAUAAGUCUGAAUAUUAUGAAAGUAAAUGUUGUCUCUUGUAUUUAUUAAGUUACAUUUAAUAUUUUGCCUUUAUUCAAUCUUACCGAUUGAUGAUAAGGCAUCUAUAAGUAAUUUUCUUGAUUAAUGUAAACAAAAAUAAUUAAUUUUGUAAAUCAAAAGUUUUUUAAACACCAGCGUAUAAUGGUGUGUAUUUAAUGGUUAAAAGAAAAAAAGUGAUAAGAAAGAAGUAGUGUAAUAUAAAAAGUAUAAAUGAAAUUAUAUAAAGAUAGCUAUAAAUUAUG